CAGGGUCCUCAACUUACAAACAAGAUGUCUGCGCCAAUGCUGGAGGGUAGAGAGCGAUGGAUUCCUUCCGGCCCUCAUCCUGCUGUCUUCCGCCCUAAUGCCACACAAGCCAAGGACGUCAGUGCUCUCUCUCUUCUGUCGACAGUUGCUGGCCUGAGUCCACCGGCACAGCCGGAGCUCGAGCAUUGUAAGGAAUCGGCCACUGGAACCAGUGGAGGCUGCCGAUCGCGAUUACGAGAGAGGCCUGACUCUUUACCGCUCGCUUACGCCACGGACCCUUCAGUGCCCGAGGCAGCUCAUCGGUCUGUCCGAGCACCGGCAGUUCCGUCCCUCUCGUCUCGGGCUGCCUCGGCGUCGACGUCUGCGACCGCAUCUUUCUCCUUUUCCUCCGCGCACGCACCUCCCCCUGGCGCCGCCUCGUCGUCCCCGUCUCUCUCGAGGCCCGCGGGCUUCCCUUGCCUCCGUCGUAUUAAGCCUGACCACAUCCUCCCUGUGCACCCACACAUGCUGCCGCGACGACCGCGUGAUCAAACCUCUUCCUUCCCUCUCUUGGACGCGCGCGCACUCACUUCCAACUCCCUCAAACAUCACCUUGUCCCCUCACACGCACGUCAAGAAACGGCCCGGACUUGGGAGGUGGCGGAGGAGGACGUGGCGAGGGGGGCCACCCACCGUGGUGUCAGGUACAAAAGCAACCAACGGUGUGAUUGGGAGGAUCACGAAAGGUUGGAAGGUAACGAAAACAGGCCGCGCAAGUCUGCCAAAGUAGGCCGCGGCGACAAUGCGGGAACGCGCGCGUGGGAGGAGUACUCUUCCCCCUUCCGUCGCGUCUCCAGGGCCGUGGAUUCCACCCGGCUCGAGGAACCCGCUUUUCCCGUGGACCCCUCCCUUCCCCUGCUCGACUCCACCUCAGCGAGCAUCCUCCACGCUCGGAACGGCGUGAGUGGCGCCAUCGCCCGUCUGGCCGCCCAGGGGAUGUUGGACUGGGAGAAAGUCUUCAACGCGAGGGCGCUGAUUAGGGCGUGCUCGCAGGCUCGAGGGGUGGCGGAUAUGACCGCCGGAGUCCUUCCUCUGCUUGACCACCUGCUUGACACCCAGCCUCAGGCGUUCGCGCCAAAACGGAGGAAAGCAAAGAGCGGGGGUGUGGGGGAGAGGGGGCCCCCGGCGGGAGGGGCACAAGGGAACAGUGCGGGGGGCGACCCCAGCAUAUCCCAGCUAAUCCAGCAGCUGGCGGCGGAUGAGAACGCCUGCUACGUAGUGGCCUCCGUCAACGCGACGGGUAUUGAGUCGGUUUGGUGCAACGACCGCAUGAGCGAGCUCUUUAUAUCCUCGGAAGAGCUCGAGGGCCUCAAGUCCCAGACGCGCAUGGCAAUCUACAGCUUCUGGCCUCGCUUCCUCUCGGGCCCGGGCCUGUACGAGCUGAUGGGCGCCUUCUCGGCCAUCAUGGUCCAGUCGACGCACACCCCCUCCCUGGACGUGAUCCUGGAGUGCUGCGUCCAGCGGGCGGUGAAAGGCAGCGAGAGGCCCGCCCCCACCAAGUGCCUGGCGACCGUGGGCAUGAUCAUCAAUCGGUUGAGGGAGGGGAAUGUGUUGAUCCUCCGCCUCUUGCCCUGCGGCCGAAGCGACCUCAAGAGCCGCAGGCGCCAGGAAAGUAGAGCAAGAGGGAGGAGCGUGGAUGUCGUCCAAGGGUCUUACGAGUAGUGGGCAAAGCUUGCCGUCAGAGCUUCCGGGUUGAGAGAAGGAUAGAGUAGAGCAGUGGUCACAUGCUACCAGGUAGUUGGCACAGUAAAAAUAAACAAAUAAGGUCAAAAGAGGAGCCAGGAUAAAAGAUGGACAACAGGUUGUAGAACUAGAAACGAGGAUGGAGGACUCGCGGAGAUGUGAAUUGGCUUAUGUGAAUGAAUAGCAAAGCCCUGGGGAGUCCCGGCACAAUGUGUA